GAGUUUUGUUUUCUCUCUCUCUGUUCUCUGUGUGUGUGUGUGUGUAGAGAGAGAGAGAGAGAGAUGGAUAUCAAUGGAGAUGUUGAAGAGUUUUCAAGGCGAAUCCAAGUCCGCUUCGUCACAAAACUCCAGGCUCCUUUUAAGGUUCCAAGCACUUCCAUUGCUAUUCCUUCUAAUCUCACUCGCAUGGGCCUCUCCGCAAUUCUCAACAACCUUCUUCAAGCUGGAAAUGCUGAUUGGAAAACUGAACCAUUUGAUUUUCUGAUCAAUGGAGAGCUAGUUCGGAUGUCGCUUGAAGAAUUUCUACUCGCCAAGGGCAUUUCUGCGGAGAAAAUAUUAGAAAUUGAAUACAUAAAAGCUGUGGCCCCACGAAAAGAAGAAGAACCUUCUUUACAUGAUGAUUGGGUCAGUGCUGUUGAUGGCUCAAAUCCUGGGCUCAUUCUGACUGGGUGCUAUGAUGGUCUAGGAAGGGUAUGGAAAGCUGCUGGGUUGUGUUCACAUGUAUUAGAGGGACACAGUGAUGCAGUAACUUCCGUUAGUGUCAUUAAGCCAAAAGGCAUGGAAAGCAGUACUGAUGUAUCUGUAGCCACUGCUUCUAAAGAUAGGACAUUAAGGCUGUGGAAGUUUGGUGUAGAUAAAUCCUUUGAUCAUCCUACAAAGAUUAGAGCUUAUAAAAUUUUGCGUGGGCAUAAUGCGUCUGUACAGUGUGUUGCAGCACAGCCUGCAGGAGAUAUGGUGUGUUCAGGUUCUUGGGACUGCAGAAUCAAGUUGUGGCAGACAAAUGAACUUGAUAAAGGAGGUGACAGUGUGUCAAUUAAGAAGAGAAAAAUGGACAGUGAAGAUGAGGAAUCUCAAUCAGAGGGAGAGGCCGUCUCUACACUCGUGGGUCAUACACAAUGUGUGUCUUCUGUGGUUUGGCCGCAACAGGAAACAAUUUAUUCUGCAUCAUGGGAUCACUCAAUCAGAAGAUGGGAUGUUGAAACUGGCAAAGAUUCGCUAAACAUGUUUUGUGGGAAGGUCAUCAACUGCCUUGAUGUUGGAGGUGAAAGUUCUGCCCUUAUUGCUGCUGGUGGCUCUGAUCCUAUCCUAAGAAUAUGGGAUCCCCGCAAACCAGGAACUUUGGCUCCUAUUUUUCAGUUCUCAUCUCACACUUCCUGGAUAUCAGCUUGCAAGUGGCACGAUAAGUCAUGGUUUCAUUUGGUUUCUGCAUCCUAUGAUGGAAAAGUUAUGUUAUGGGAUCUAAGAACUGCGUGGCCACUGGCAGUCAUUGAUUUACACAAGGACAAGGUAUUAUGUGCUGACUGGUGGAAAGGUGAUAGUGUGAUCAGUGGUGGGGCCGACUCGAAGCUUUGCAUUUCAUCUGAAAUUUCUGUGCGGUGACGUAGAGACAUAUAAUCUAAGAAAGAAGUGCCGCAGUUGUUCUUCAGAAUGGAAAGACGGAACAAACCAAUACCAGUGGAUGAUUGAGAUUGCAUGGAGCAUCCCUUUUUACUAUCCAUUUCAACUAGAAGUGAUGGCAGCAUGGGCGGAGCUAUGCAUAAAGUAGUGGGUUCAAUUGAACUCACUGAACUUUGAUUUUUAUUAUUUUUUUUCAAGAAUUAUGUAGUAUUAUAUAAAGAUUUUAGAUGUUUUGAUAAAUUGACACCAUUAGAAUUGUUCAAAAAACUAGAUUUAUUAACCCAAAAAAAAUGUUUAAAAAAAUAAUUAAUUUUGUACUUAUCAUA